GAGAUUGUUGUACCUCAAAGUUGCAUCCGUCAUGCAUGACAAAGCACUGCCUUAGAUGGAUCUCCAGAAAUUGUCCAGCAAAAAGACCUGCUGUAUUCAUAGGAAAAGGGGAUCGAAGGCGGUCUCCUCAUAAUGAGGCGAAAUGUGGCACGGCAGAGAGAGGCUAUCAGCCAUGCACAAGCAAGUUGAUAGCAAACAAAUUAUUCAAAUCAUGCUGUGAUUUGUACGUGCCAGAGGAGUGCCAUUUCAUGUGUACGUAUGAGAUCGACCAAAGCAAAACCAGGAAUAUGCUGCUCGAGCUUGUCAAGCAGAAACGAUGCAGCAUGCGGUAUCUAUCAGCAAUAUUAUAUUGUGCAAGUCAGAACAGAGACAACAGGAAAUGCUGUGCAGAUUUGGAUCUUAACGCUACACAAUUGCAGGUAUACUAUGCAUUAUGACG